AUGCAGCUCCAAAUGAUGCUCGCUGUCAUCGCUCUGCUCCUUGUGGGAGCCCAUGCGCUUCCCUCUCAUCCUCGUGCUGACGACGCAGCACCGAAAGCUCACUGGAGUUCUGCAGAAUUCGAUCUGACCGAGCGUAGUGAUGCGGCGUACUCUUCGGGCGGGAAGUGGUUUGUUGACCCCCCUGGAACCGAUUAUGAGGAACGCAAGUAA